AUGCUACUCCCAGAGCGGAGCCAGCUCAACUUCCGGAGCCAGACCCGCCUCAAAGCAACCUCUGAUGUAGAGCCUAUGCAGGUCGGUCAUACCAGACUCAUGACCGAGGAAAGGCAAAGGAGAUACAAGGGGAAUCUCUGUAUGUACUGUGCGCCAUCUAUUCAGUCGCCAAGCAAUCGAAGGGAGGUUGAACCACCUGAUUUGUCCUCAGUUCCCUCUGACUAUCAUGAUCUGGCACCAGUCUUCAGCAAGGUCAGUGCACUCUCUCUACCUCCUCACAGACCAUAUGACUGUGCCAUUGAUCUAUUACCUGGGGCUCCCCUCCCUAGCAGUGGACUCUUCAACAUCUCCAAACCAGAAAGGGAAACGAUGGAGAAAUACAUUGAGUCCCUAGCUGCCGGGAUUAUUCGUUCGUCCUCAUCCCCUCUUGGUGCUGGUUUCUUUUUUGUAGGGAAAAAGGAUGGGACUCUCCGACCAUGUAUUGAUUACAGGGGACUCAAUCAGAUAACUAUUAAAAACAAGUAUCCCUUGCCUCUGUUAGCGUCUGCGUUUGAACCCAUUCAAUGGGCUACUGUGUUUACAAAACUGGAUUUAAGGAAUGCCUAUCAUCUCCUCAGAAUGAGAGAAGGAGAUGAGUGGAAGACGGCCUUCAAGACCCCUCUAGGUCAAUUUGAAUACCUGGUAAUGCCUUUUGGUUUGACUAACGCUCCGGCCUGUUUUCAAGCCCUGGUUAACGACGUAUUGAGAGAUUUCCUUAACAUUUUUGUUUUUGUUUAUAUUGAUGACAUCCUGAUUUAUUCCAAGAAUCUGUCUGAUCACAAGAAACAUGUCCGCCUGGUUCUCCAAAGACGUCUCGAAAACAAGCUUUUUGUCAAAGCUGAAAAGUGUGAGUUUCACCAACCUUCUGUCACCUUUCUAGGAUUUGUGCUCGAGGGCGGGCAGGUGAAGCCAUCAGAGGACAAGAUUAAAGCUGUUCUGGACUGGCCUACCCCCGAGAAUCGCAAGCAACUUCAAAGGCUUUCCCCAGCAGAGCAAAACUACGAUGUCGGAGACAGAGAACUCCUGGCAAUCAAAUGGGCUCUGGAGGAGUGGCGGCACUGGUUGGAGGGCGCUGAACACCCCGUGUUGGUAUGGACCGACCAUAAAAACCUGUCCUACAUUCAGUCUGUCAAGAGGUCCAAUCCACGUUACCAGCCACCUCUGUUUCCCACCGAUGAAAAAGAUAUAUCUGUUCCGUCUGUUCAACACCACAUCCGUCGCCUCCAGAAGAUUUGGAAGGACACCAUAGCCACUCUGAACCAGACAUCAGCUCAAAACAAACGCUUCGCCGAUCGCAGACAUCGCCCAGCUCCCAACUAUUCACCCGGUCAACAGGUUUGGCUUUCCACACGCGAUAUCCCGUUAAAAUCCAUUUCCCGCAAACUCUCCCCCAGAUUCAUCGGUCCAUACAAGAUAGCCUCCGUCAUCAACCCGUCUGCCGUCCGCCUGCACCUGCCACCUUCACUCCGCAUCCAUCCUACGUUCCAUGUGUCUCAAAUCAAGCCUGUUCUGACCAGCCCUUUGUGCCCUCCGUCCGACUCCCCUCCACCCGCCCGGGACAUUAAUGGUCACCCUGCCUUCACCGUUCACCGGAUCGUGGACUCCCGUUGCCGGGACUGCGGUUGGCAGUACCUGGUCGUCUGGGAGGGCUACGGUCCGGACGACCGCACCUGGGUUCUGGGAUCCUUCAUCCUGGAUCCCUCCCUGAUCGACGACUACCGUGAGUCUCUGCCUUCUACAUCCUCUGGACCGCCAGGAGGCAGUCGUUGA